AUGGCGGAGAAGAAGAGAAAGGCGGGCUCGCUGGAGAGCGACAGGCCGUCCAAGAAGCCUCAAACGAGCACCAUCAAAGUCACUCAUCUGAGCGGCCCCGACGUCGCCAAACCUCUGGUCGCGUCGUCACCCGGGGUCACACUCCCCUCAGACCUGAGUUUCGACGGAUUCUCCAAAAGGGAGCCGUCGUCCGGGAGGUCUAGCCUUCUUCUGCAGUCCUCCGACCAUCCUACCAUCGACUACGUCGCGACCGAGAGCGGCACGACCAACGCGGCCGAAAAGCACGUCAAGCACUAUAUAGCCGUCUUCGACCCGGCGUCCAAUAAACUAAAGGUGGUGGAAGCCAGGAAGAUGACCGUGAGAAGUACGGUGCGCCAGUUGGACAAGGAAAGCGACGACGACGACGACGGGGGAGACGAUGGUGCAGAGGGUAUCAAGCCUGCUGCGCUGACGACACCGUCUCGUGCGGCAUUGACGCAGGCGUUUGGAACGAAAAAGUCAAAGAGAGCCGUGGCCUCGGUGGCCGAGAAUCGUCUGCUGGCCCGGGAUGGAGAGAACGACGAUAACCCUCUCUCGAACGCUCUUCUCUCGUCCAUCAAGGAAGAGGACGACGACGACGCGGACGUCAUGCUCGACGCCGCCGCCGCAGGAGGCGCCUCUUCUCGGGCCAACAAGCCCCUCCCACAAGCCAACCUCGACACAGCCGACAUCACACAAGUCUACGCGCUGUCCUCGCUCGUGUUUCCCGGUCCCGACCGAACAACGCUCUCCCAGAUGCCCAUCGCGUACUGGAAGGAAUGCGCAAAGAACAAGAAACCCGUGUCGACGCAUCUACGGUUCGUGGCGACCCGCGUCGGCUACCUGACCCAACGACACCUCAAACAACCGGACAACCAAGACGUGUUGCUCAAGCUGCAGAUCCUGCGCUACAUCCAGCUUUUGGUAGAGAUCCACAAGUACGUCUCUCACCUACCGCGACAACGCCGCAUUGCUGCCCCCGAGUCAUGGCCCAGGGGCACCACGACGGACUCGUCGCUAUCGACCGCGUUCAAGGGAAAACUCAUGUCGCAUUUCUUCCCCACCGGCACCCCCACGACUUUCAACAAGACACUCUUCACCUCCACCAUCCUCGCACUGACAUUACACAUCCCCCCACCAAAGUUCACGCCGGGAGACACGCCCAAGAUGCUGUUCACCGAGCUGAGCGACAUGACGCUGGACCUGGCCAUGCCGCACGCCGAGAUCCACAAGCUGUACCGCGAACUGGGCUGCAAGAUCGAGUCCAUGACCGACGCCGAGCUGCACCGCCAUGGCUGGGACAAGGUCGUCUCCCCUGCGGCGGCGCAGCAGCGCGGCAAGGCCGGUGUGGUCGACGAGGACGGCAAAGCCGUGAAGCUGCCCAAACCAAAGUUCGCGAAACUGAGAUUCCCCAUUGAAUUCCGCCGCAUCAGCGCCGGUCGGCCAGGCAGGAGGUAG